UAGAUUAAAGUAACGGUUAAAUAAACCGAUUUAACCGCAAUUUUCAAAAAUUGAACAGUUGGUUAGGUUCUUCAUGAAACUGUCCGCCGCAGUUUGUAUUUGAACUGAAAAAGGUUAAAAAAAGGAUUUGAGUUUGACAUAAAAUUGAAAAGACAAAGAAGAAGAAAGUGCCAAAAGGGAGAACUGCAGCGCAGAAUUAUAACAAUGUCACCCUUGGUCCGUUAUAGCCGUUGGUUUUCGCGCUACAGAAACCUGAAAUUCGAGAACAAGCAACUUAUUACAUUCUCCUCCUCAGCCACCAACCCAGAGAAUGAGAAAUUGCAUCGACCUGGACCGCCUCCGAUCCGUGUUGAUCUUACUGAGUCGGCCGGUCGAGGAGUGUUCGCUACGCGAAGAAUUGGCGCUGGAGAUCUCAUUCACACUGCCAAACCAAUCGUGUCUCACCCUUCUUUGUCGACUAUUAGCAACGUCUGUUAUUUUUGCCUCAACAAGCUCGCUUUAACGGAGUUCAAGGGCCAAAGUGCUGCGUUUUGCAGCCAAGAGUGCAAAGAGAACGCUAAGGUGUUUUAUGAUGUAGAGACAAAAGCAGAUUGGUUAGCUUUUGAUGACUAUUGCCGGACCCAAUGUCUAAAGUAUCCACUAAUGGCAAAACGGUUGGCUUGUAUGGUCAUCUCUGGAGCUACAUCCGCUGAAGUUCUUGACAUACUUCAACCAGCUAGUUUAUCUCAUGAGAGGACUUUAGAGAUGGAAGAGGGCUUUCGUUUGCUGAGAAGUUCCUUUGCUAAGGCAAAUAUUGAAGAUGAAAAGAUGGAAUUCUUAACAAAGCAAUGGUACGCUAAUGUGCUGGCACGAAUUCGAAUCAAUGUGUUCCGUGUUGAAUUGGCUGUAGGAUUGUAUGAAGAUCUCCUGUCAUCAGCUGCUGCCUGUGUAGAGGCCGAAGCUGCUGUUGGAAGUGCUGUUUAUAUGCUUCCUUCCUUUUACAAUCAUGACUGUGAUCCUAAUACACACAUUAUAUGGAUAGAUAACACGAAUGCAAGAUUGAAGGCUCUUCGUGAUAUUGAGGCAGAUGAAGAGCUCCGAAUCUGCUAUAUAGAUGCUAGCAUGGAUCAUGAUGCUCGACAAACCAUCUUGCUUCAGGGUUUUGGUUUUAAGUGCAAUUGCCUUCGUUGUUUGUCUGGAGAUUAAUAUUUUUUUUUUCAUUUGUAUUGAAAUAUUGAUGAGAAACAUUUGCUUGUAUAGAUAAAUUUUGAACAAUGACAGAGUCUGUUGCCUGCUUGUUUUUUUA